CCGUGCCGUGCUGCUGUGGAUGGGAGGGGGGAGUUGUUUGGGGAUGCUGGGCCGGAGCUGUCGCGUUCUCUCUCGGCUCAGCUCGUCGGUUCCUCGCUAGCAUCCGAUCCGCGGCCGGGCAUUGCUCGUGUGGCGGCGGAAUGAGGAGCUUGCGGUGAUCGCUGCUCGUUUUCGGUAAACACGGGUCGCUCCCGGCGGCUGCUGACAUCGAACACACCGUGAGGCCUUUCCCUCUGCAGAGCUGUCACAGUCUGUGUGUGGGUACUGUGUUGUGCUGCUGCCGUGGGAAAGAUGAACGAUGUAUGCCAUCUUCAUGUUGUGAGCUAGAGAUGAAGGGCAUGAGGUGUCUCGUUCAUUUGUGUUGACAUCACGAGGUUAGCAUUAGCUACAACACCUUGACUCCUAGAGUUACUACAGCAUUGUUAUUACUGCCCUGUCACAUUAGCAGAGAGUGAAUAGCUAUGGCUGAGCAAGACAUUUGUCCCCACCUGGACUCCAUAGGGGAGGUAACCAAAGAGGACCUGCUCCAGAAAUCCAAGGGGACCUGCCAGUCGUGUGGAGCAGGUGGCCCGAACCUGUGGGCCUGUCUGCAGAAUGAUUGCCCUUACGUUGGUUGUGGAGAGUCCUACUCUGAUCACAGCACCCUGCACGCACAGGCUAAACGGCACAAUCUGACGGUGAACCUGACCACGUUCAGAAUCUGGUGUUACGUUUGUGAGCGGGAGGUGUUUCUGGAGCACAGGCCUGCCCUGGUGCCAGUCCCCGCUGCUCCCCACCACUGCAAAGCCACGGAGCAGGAAGCCGCUCCUCAGCCAGUAGGUCACCCACUGAAAGCCGUUCCGAUCGCUGUGGCAGAAGACGAAGGUUCGGAGUCAGAGGAGGAUGAGCUGAAACCUAGAGGCUUGACAGGAAUGAAAAACAUUGGAAACUCUUGCUACAUGAAUGCAGCUCUCCAGGCCCUGUCCAACUGUCCUCCUCUCACUCAGUUCUUCCUGGACUGCAGUGGACUGGUCCGCACCGACAAGAAGCCUGCUCUCUGUAAGAGCUACCAGAAACUCAUCUCAGAGCUCUGGCAUAAAAAACGGCCCAGCUAUGUAGUCCCCACCAGUCUGUCUCAUGGCAUCAAACUCGUAAACCCCAUGUUUCGUGGUUACGCUCAGCAGGUAGGGGCAAGCACCCAGCAGGACACUCAAGAGUUCCUGCGCUGUCUGAUGGACCAGCUACACGAGGAGCUGAAGGAGCCUCUGACGGAGUGCAGCAUGAGUGGCGAAGAAGGCGACGGGGAGGACAGAAGAGACGGCGACCGCUCCCCGUCGGAGGAUGACUUCCUGUCUUGCGACUCUGGCUCCAGCAGCGACCGGGGGGAGGGAGGAGGCAACGGUGACGGUGAGCUGCUCGUGCAGGAUGUGUGCGACGGGGUCAGGUUGCCGGUGGCUGGCGUCAGUCCCGGCGGGGUCAUCUCGGAGAAGGAGAGGCUGAAGGAGCGAAGAGUGUCCGGCUCGUCCCUCCGUGGAGGCUCGCAAGAGAUGGACGAGGACGCUGAUGUGGAUACAGCGGCUGUGGAGGAGGUUCCUGCGACGGGGGAGGAAGAGGGGACGCCAACACCAACGCCAAACGCUGAGGUUCAAAACCAAGAAAACAACCAGACAUUAAAUACGCCGCAAGUGCAAGCCCAGAGCAGCAACACCUCAGAGCCAGACAAUGAAGCAUCCAUGGCCCAGCCACAGUCCACUCCCUGCAGUCCUGUGCGGACACUUCAGGAGCUGCACACCAAACUGCCCUCAAGUCCACCUCGCUCCAGCCCGCUCCGCUCUGCAGGACCACUGUACUCGUUCAAAAAAGCUCAGCUGCUGCUCAGUGCCAGGAAGAAGAAACAGUCCCACUAUCGCAGUGUGAUCUCCGACAUCUUCGAUGGCUCUAUCCUCAGUCUGGUCCAGUGUUUAACCUGUGACAGGGUGUCUAACACAGUGGAAACCUUCCAAGACUUGUCCUUACCUAUUCCUGGUAAAGAGGAUUUGGCCAAACUCCACUCGUCCAUCCACCAAAACCUUCCAGUCAAGACGGGGGUGUGUCCCGACACCUAUGGCUCGCAGGGCUGGAUCACCUACAUCAUGGACUCCAUACGACGGUUUGUAGUCUCGUGUAUCCCCACUUGGUUCUGGGGGCCCAUGGUGACACUAGAGGACUGCCUCGCUGCCUUCUUUGCUGCAGAUGAACUCAAAGGGGACAACAUGUACAGCUGUGAGAGGUGUAAAAAGUUGAGAAACGGUGUCAAAUAUUGCAAAGUGCUGCGACUUCCAGAGAUCCUGUGCAUUCACCUGAAACGCUUCCGGCACGAGGUCAUGUAUUCGUUCAAGAUAAACAGCCACGUGUCGUUCCCAUUGGAGGGCCUCGACAUGCAACCCUUCCUGGCUAAAGAGAGUCCAUCUCAAGUCACCACUUACGAUCUGCUGUCAGUCAUUUGUCACCACGGCACGGCAGGAAGUGGACACUACAUAGCUUACUGUCAGAAUGUGAUUAAUGGACAGUGGUAUGAGUUCGACGAUCAGUAUGUAACAGAGGUCCAUGAGACGGUGGUGCAGAAUGCAGAGGCCUAUGUGCUGUUCUACAGGAAGAGCAGCGAGGAGUCGGUGAGAGAGCGGCAGAAGGUGGUGGCUCUGGCCAACAUGAAGGAGCCCAGCCUGCUGCAGUUUUACAUCUCCAGAGAAUGGCUCAACAAGUUCAACACCUUCGCAGAACCAGGCCCCAUCAGCAACCACACAUUUCUCUGUCAGCAUGGGGGGAUCCCUCCUAAUAAAUACAACUACAUUGACGACCUGGUUGUGAUAGUUCCUCAGAAUGUGUGGGAGUACCUUUACAACAGUUUUGGAGGCGGCCCUGCAGUCAACCACCUGUACAUGUGUGCCAUCUGCCAGGUGGAGAUCGAAGCUCUGGCUAAACGCAGAAAAAUGGAAAUCGACACCUUCAUCAAGCUGAACAAAGAGUUCCAGGCCGAAGAGGCUCCGUCAGUGAUCCUGUGUAUCAGCAUGCAGUGGUUUCGAGAGUGGGAGGGCUUUGUGAAGGGCAAAGACAAUGAGGCGCCUGGUCCCAUCGACAACAGUAAAAUCGGCGUCAUGAAGAGCGGACACAUACAACUAAAGCAAGGUGCAGACUAUGGUCAGAUCUCAGAGGAGACGUGGCAGUACUUGUUGGGUAUUUAUGGCGGCGGCCCUGAGAUCGCGGUGAGACAGACGGUGGCCCCUGCCGACCCCGACAGCCUCCACGGCGAGAGGAAAAUCGAGGCAGAGACCAGAGCACUUUGAGAUAUAAAGAGAGGUCUUCUGAUUCCACGUUUCACUCCUGCCCUCACAAGACGCUGAGGAAUUUGCACCUUGGUGAAGAAGCCUUGCUGUGAGCACUUUGUAAAUGUAGCAACAUAUUACGCCGAGUCUGUGUCGCAGGGAGGUGAUGAAGGCACUUAACUAUCACAUAGUUUAUUUAUUGGACAACUCUGAUCCUCGAUGUUAAAAAGGUGUAGUAAUAAUCGUAUCAGCAUCCCUGGCUGUGUGUGGUAGCUAUGGUGUUUCAGUGGCUGCUGUAUAGCGACUCUAGGUGUCAUAUACUGCUCAGCUGGCGGUGGUGGGCCGACAGCCGCUGGCAUCGUGAGCCAGAACGACGAGGAGGACAGAACUGCAGCGUGAUGUUUGGUUUUCAUGACUUCUCCUCUAGUCGUCGGAAGCAACAACAACCAGUAGACGUUAACAAGCUUUAUGUUGUUUGCCUGUUUACUAGUUGCAUAGGAACGUGAGAGAUAUUGCAUAAAUCAUACUCUUGCACCUCCAACCUUAAGUAGACAAACACUGAGCCCUCAGGAAUGAAAGACUUCUGUUUGUUUCAGCCAGUGAAAUGACCAGAUUAAUGGACUCUUAAAGGUAAAAUACCACAGUGGGUUUGUUUGCAUGUAUGGAGUCUAAAAACACACAUUUAGGGUCAUUUAUAAUUGAACAGCUUCAAAAUACAUGCAACUGAGAACUCCUCUUUUUGGACCAGUAAGGAUAUUUCACUGACACCAGUUGUUUGGCGGGACAAUGACAAAUUUAAGUGUUCAAAAGUAUGGAAAUAUUGACUAUUUCUAUUCAGUUUAUAUCAGUACUAUACAGAAAUCAAACUUAGCAACAUGUAGAUAUCGUUUUCGAGUAGAGAAAUACCAAAUUUAUUAAAAGACUGAUUUAAGACAGAGAGAUUGCAGAAAGAAAAUGAUGUAUCUGGUGCAAUAACGAAGGAGCAUUAAGAGAAUGUCUAUAACAGGCUUCUCUGAUAGGGAGUUGACACAGGGAGGUUGUAGGAUUUAUUGCGGCGUGAAUAACAUUAUUAGAGGAUAUAAAUCCAAAUUGACCAGGAAUGCAGUGUCCAUUUAAACCAAGAGGGGGCAGUAUUAAGAGAUGAGAUGAGAGAAAUAAUCUCACAAAAUAAUUAGCACAACAUGCACAAACUCAUACCUGUAAAAGCGGUGAGGUCAUUUAUGGUACUAUUUUGUUUUUGUCAAAUAUAUUUAUUUAUUGUUGAAAAUAUAUUGUUUUCAGUUCAUCAGACGAAUGAAGCUGUUUCCUGUGGAAGGGGGUUGUUUACUAGAAGGCAUUUGCUUCGUAAAAUAUUUAUGCGUCUCCAAUUUCUCAUUGCUGAGUAUUCCAUGUAAAAAUACACCUGUUUUCACUGUGUAACACUCCAUGGUUUCCUUAUUCAAGAUUCUGUUGUAAAGACACGUCCAUCCAAAGAGCAAGUGAAGAAACACGAGGAUCCCCAAAUCACAGAGCUCAGUUUCGAGAAAAUCUUAUACCUUGUUUGUUUCUUAUGUUAUGUAUAUAAUUUAAUCACAAACCCAUCAGACACAGGUGUGUUGUACAUUUUUACAUAAUUUGCGACAGUUCUAACCUCUGCCAACAGUUACUGGCAGCAACUAUGUUUUACUCUGAAAUAUCAAGAAAAACACAUUGGGUAGAUUGUCUAAUCAGUGCGAGAUUACAUUCGAACUGGAGUAAAAUCUUUAGGAGAAAUUCUGAGUCAGUCCAAGUCAAGUUAAAUAAACCUCGUCCUCCACUGUCUCACUGUAGAUAAAUCACAUGCUUGCCUUGUGACCCGUGGAAAAUAAAAUCCAUCAAUCAUGUAGUCAGAUAAAACUUUGCCUUUCCAUGUUCCAUAUGUACUUAUGAAUAAGCACCAAUUUUGAAAGCUAAAAACUAAAACAAAACCUCUAGAAGUCAGAGAUCCACUUGGACAAAUGCUGCUAUUCACAUAUUACCAGUCGAAACUAACACAAGACUAUUUAAUAUACACAAGUGAAAAUGGGUAAAAACCUACAGUUUUCAAUACGAUAUAACUAAAUAUGAGAACGCACAUUGUACAGAACAGUACUUUAGCUGCCAUGCAGUAUUCACGUGACACAGUGGUCAAUACAUUUCACUUUUUAUCUACUGAUUUUGUUGCAGAAUUAGAAGAAUUAAAUCUGAAAUAUAGACAUGAAAAUUAUAACUUGAAUUUGAAAGAAUAUGAUCAAGUCAAAACUGAUGAUCUGCAGUACAGUCACUCUGCCUUGGAACACAGUGCCUUCAAGCCCUUCCACACCCACAAUGCACCUGCACAGGUCUUGGUGACCUCAUGAAUUCCCUGCAUAGCUCUGCUCAGCUUCAGCCUGAGCGUGGGUCAGCCACAUAAAGUGAAAACAUCUGUUUGUGUUCGGAGGCCUCAGUAAAUCUUCAUCCACCUUCACACAAGAAAGUACAGAAGUGCAUUGCAUUCACAAAAGAAAUUAAAAAGUUUCUCAUAAUUGUGGGUUAGCGAGUCAAGUUAUGACUAAACUAUCUCGUAAUUAUUAGGAAAGAUGUCAUACAUUUCCAAACUCGUAAUUUUAAUAAAUCAGUGGGACAGGAGUUGGCUUCAUUGUGAAUCAUCUGGUUUUACGAUGUCUUCAGUAUCAGAGAAAUUCAAUGGUAGCUGUGUGUACAUCCAGUGUAAAACAUAAGGAAGCAAAUUGCUAUUUAAUCUUGUUUUCAUCAAAAAACAUAACUAUUAAUUAAAUUCUGACCCAUUUCUCUUAAUUACGAGACCAGUUUCUUGUAAUUUUGGAAUCUUUUCUUGUAAUUUUGGGGGGGGCACUCCUGUCAUCUUUGGAUGUUUAUUCGCUGUCGCACAAAGAAUCAGAUAAGAUACUCAAUGCCGGUAUCAUGUUUGGUAAAUCUGAAGCUGGAGCCAGGAGCCAGUUAACCGAGCACAGCGAGUGUAAACAGGAAAACUGCAAACCUGGUUCUGUCCAAAACUGAGAGACCUAUUAUUGUUUCUAUCUGUAUAAAAACCAAAGUGUUGAAACUAUUUGAAAGAGUCGUGCUAGAUGUUUCCCUUUGUUUACAGCAUUUAUGCUAAGCUAACCAACUUCAGUUCCACAAUUACUAUACAUGUGAAAGAAGUACUGAUCUUCUCAUCUAACCCUGCAGGAAACUAUAGAAGAGACUACUAAUCUUUUUAAAAUAUUGGGUAUAUAUCUGCCAUUGCCAAUAAGCUCUCUUUGGAGCCCCACCUAUGCUAGGGACCAAAACUUUGUCACAAACUGGACAAAAAAUACCUUAUUCCCAUGGGCCUUAAAAGCCCCACGAUCUAUGUUGUUUAAAUGUAAUUUAUCACCUGUAGUAAUUUGAUUUUCUGCAAUUUUGUUUGGGAAUAUUCACCAAUAAAGCACAAUAUUUUUUGACAUGUAAGAUCCAUUUGUUGCUCAGUGGAUUAUAUUUGCCCCGUGGCCCCAGGAGGGUAAAUCAAUCCAUACUAGGGCUGAAAAUCUAAAUAUUCUCUCCUGAAUACAUUUUUGUCCCUUAAUUUAUAACCUUAUAUUUGUGUUUAUGGCCUCAGUAAAUCUUCAUUCACCUUCACUCAAGAAAGUACAGAAGUGCAUUGCAUUCGCAAAAGAAAUUUCAAAGUGUCUCAUAAUGUGGGUUAGUAAGUCAAGCUGUGACUAAACUAUCUCGUAAUUAUUCGGAAAGAUGUCAUGUUUCCAAACUCGUAAUUUUAAGAAAUCAGUUAGCAGGAGUUGGCUUCAGGACUUGUGAAUCAUCUGGUUUUACGAUAUCUUCAGUAUAAACCAGAUAAGGAUCAUUACCAGAAGCUACUUAAAAGAACAUCCCUGUGGCAAUAUAUCCAAGCAGGUGUGAACCAAAAUACUUGAGGUGCUUUAAUUUUCCACUGCAGAUAUUUUGACUUGUCAUAGCAGAAAAAGCACAGGUGUGACGAACACCAGUAACAAUCCAAAUACUAAAUUAGACUGUCAGCUGAAUUAAAAUGGUUCAGCUGGGCUCUAAAACCAGAACGCCUAGACGGAAGGCAGCAGGUUUUUUUUUACUGUAUUAAACAACACUGACAUAUAUCACCAUUCAAGUUAUACAUCCAGCUGUUACAGAGCAACAUUACCAUUUGGAGUCGUGGCCAAAUGGCAAAUUUGGGUCCGACAUUACCGCUCUUUUAGCUCUGUUUUUGGUCUCCACCAACUCCGUAAGAGAAAUAUAAUGCUAUGAGAGUGAUGAGAAUGAAGCUCAUUGAAGCUGCGGGUAAAUUUAUAUUCAGGUGACAAUUGUGUUCAUCCCUCGAAGCGACCCCUUUCAGAUUAUACCUUCUUUUCAACUAUUAUAAAAACAUUGAUUAGACCCGCUUUGAGUUUAAAGCUGACGGCUGUGUUGCAGCCCAGCUAGCGUUAAUCUGGCCGGCAGAGCGAACGUUCGGAUCCUCUCCCAGACAUCUCAGGUGAAAAACUUUGAAUACACAGAUGUCACAGAACAACCACAAGUCUGUGGUUGAGCCUCAGACAGUCUGAAUUACCGAGGACCAAAAUACUUGAAGAGAUGAUUGGAAAGCCGCUUGAUUAAUAUUGUUCAUUUCUCCUUAAAAUGUCCAGCUGUGACAUGUCAAACAUCUGUCCAUGUUGUGUUUGUCAAUGUGUCCGAAGAACAAUUCAUUAAUUUUCAUAACAGAAAAUAUUUAUUUGUCUUAAGUUUUAUCUUUUUUCUUUCCCCACAUGUCCAAACUAUAUCUACAAUGAUAAUAUUAAUACUGUGGGUAUAUGUGUGCGACGGGGAGAUACCUUCUGUGAGACUAUGUGCAAUGAAAAAGAAAAUACUAAUCUUUGUGCAAUCUUCGCCCUGUCAUCAGAGAUACUGGACAGCUAUCAACAGAGCUGACAGUAAAACCCGGGGCAACGCAGCUUAUUAUGUUGCAGUGUUACGAAGUGUCGAGUGGUAAUUACUUUUCCCCACCUGUGAGUGUGUUUACUUGUGUUACGACACGUAGCUAUGCGUGUGGGAUUUCCAUUUCGCUGGAAGGUACAGGAAUUUCUGUGGUUGGACAGAGUGGAAUCAGGCCUGCACACAGCACAACAGGGUUUCACUGGCUCAUGUUUUCAUCCUCACAGUGUGUGUGGUAGUUGUGGUCAUGAUAUCGGUGAUGCUUUGAAACAACAUGGGAUUUAAGUGGUUGACCUCAAUUCAAUGGGAUGUCUUAAUGUCUGUGUAACUGAUGUAAUUAAUCAUGACUGGUUAAAUGAUUAAAAUUGCCUGAUCUUUGA